UCGUCACUUCGGCUCAUGAUUAACUGCUGCAGAAGAAGAUCGUCACCGCUCCUGCUGGGUGACCACAUCAUAUCCGCCGCACAUCAUCACACGGAGUACAUCUACAGAAAGUACUUGAGUAAGUGACACGUAGAGAUGGAUGGAAAAGCGAGUGACCCCUUCAGCAGUGAGGCAGAGCAGCUUCCUGGAGCAGGAGUAGUGGGGAGGCUGUGGCUGCCCAAAGGUCUGUCUGGUAACGUGAUUAAGGAUUGGGUGGACCGCAGGCGGAAGUCCAUCCGUCCAUGGGCCAGCUUUGUGGACCAGCGUAAGUUCUCCAAACCUCGGAAUUUUGGAGAGGUGUGCCAGCGUGUGGUGAGGAACCUGGACACCUUUCACAGCAACUACAUCUUCAUCUUCCUGGGACUCAUUCUCUACUGCAUCAUCAGUUCCCCGAUGCUCUUGAUUGCUUUGGGAGUGUUUGCUGGUGCCUUCUAUAUAAUUCACUUGAAAACACUGGAAAAGAAGCUGGUUGUUUUCGGGCGUGAGUUGACUCAGGGACACCAGUUAGGUUUAGCAGGAGGGGUUUCCUUCCCUGUGUUCUGGCUCGCAGGUGCAGGAGCUGCUGUGUUUUGGGUGCUAGGUGCUACACUAGCUGUUAUCGGGUCCCAUGCUGCAUUUCAUGAGCUGGAGUCUUCUGACAUGGAUGAGCUGCUCAUGGAAACUGUUUAAACCUUUCACCUUUCUCCUUUUGGCUCAUGUUAACUGAAGUUGUCUUGCCUAAUCAUUUAUAUUGCCGCAUAUUGUUUGCACUAAUUUGGCAAUAUCAGUUUACUCACAGAUUGGUCAGCAAAGAAAUACAGACUGUUAAACUGACAUCACCCUAAACAGAUCAAGCACACUGAAAGACCUCAAAUGCCUUUAAUGGUACCUAUUGGAUUUUAUAUUAAUUUGUUACAUUAGUUAUUUCUACAGCAUCCUCAAAGCACAAACUAAAUUGAUUGUGACCCAAAGCAAAAAAUCCAGUUUAUUUGAGAAAAAACAAAACAAAACUGAAAAUUCACAACUUUUAUGACUUCUUUGUUGCUCUGUGAAACUCAAAUUAAUUGAUUUUGAAGAAUGCUUAGACUUUUUAGUCCACAAUGAAUGGAAAAAGGGGUUCGAAACAACACUGGAACCCAUUGACUUAGAAUGUAUGGACAAAAAAAAACACUUGAGACAUUUUUCUGAAUUUCUUCUUUUAUGGUUCACAGAAGAAGAGAGAAUGUCAUACAAGCUUGGAAUUAUGUGAGGGCAAGUAAAUCAAAGGAUUUUGGGGUUAACUAUGCUUUUAAAGGAUCCUCUCACACUAAAGGACAAAUAUGUGUAAUGGCUUUUGAUAAAAAUGUUAUGCUGGCUCAUCCAAAAUAGCGAGGAAAAAAAUUCAGACAAGAACGUACCGUCUUGACAGUUUGUGUGAUUUAUAGGGUACCAGUCAUUACAAAAUCAUUUGUCUUAAGCUCUAUUUAGCUCAUAUGUUGUUAUAUCAGUCUUGUUAGGACAGCUAACGCAUGCAUGAUUCAAUAACAGUAUGUGUCAGCAAAGAAAAACUGUAUUACUGCUAUUCAGUGCAACCAGUUUCUGAUGCCUAUAUUCCCAGUGGAAGGUUUUUUUUAUACACUACUGUGCAAAAGUCUUAGGCCAUUAGUAUUUUCGCCAACAAAAAAAAUAAAAAUAAAAGAUUUUAAGCCAGUUAUUUCUAUCAUUUGCUGUAGUGUGUCGGAAGGAAAUAUCAGUUUACUGGAACAGGCUUACAGUCUUGUGUUUUACAACAGCCAGUGCUCCACACAGAAAUCUGAUCUCAUCAACUUUUACACAGUUUUAUAUAUAUAUAUAUAUAUAUAUAUAUAUAUAUAUAUAUGUAUAUGUAUAUAUGUGUAUAUAUAUAUGUGUAUAUAUAUAUAUGUGUGUAUGUAUAUGUUCUCUCAUUUAAUGGAAAUGUUUGUUUAUUUUCUUUUAUUUACAACUUGCUUCUGUUGUGUCAAUGAAUGGGAAGUGCAAUAAAAUGCUAAUUCUGUACAAUA